AUCUGUCAUUCGGUUUUGGAUUAAUACCCUUUUGGAGCAAACGAAACAAAGUUUCAGCAAAAUUUAAGCCAAAAUUGAAAGUUUAAAUGGCCAGCAAAGGAUUAUCGCAGAGUCAGGGCAAUGGCCGUGCCAGUGCCACUCCCCUGCCGGCGAGAGUGAUCCGGCUGGACGUUGCGGGCCACUUGAAUGGCAGCCCACAGCUCAGCCGCAGCACACUCAAGUACGACACCGUUUGCCUGAACGUUGCCAUUUCGCUGGCCCUGUUUGCCACAUGCAGCAUGAUGGUGGUGGCUGCGAUGCUCUGGCUGGCGCCGCUCAAAGACUUCCAGGCCACGCCCGCGGAGCUGAUGGCCCGCAAGCAUCGCAGCAUUGUGGCCAAGGAGCAACGGCUGCGGCUGGGUGGCAAGCUGCAUCUGAGUCCCCUCGAGGAGGUGGCCAAUGCGCGGCUGCUCGAGCAGCUGGACGCGGAGGUGCAACGCCUGUGGGUGAACUACUCGAUGAACACGCCGCCGUUCCUCAGGCACCACAAGAUCAGUGAGACGGAUCUGUACGGGAUGCUGAGGAGCAUGCCCAAGGGCGGGCUGCUGCACAUCCACGACGCUGGCAUGAUGCAACUGGACGUUCUCAUCGAGCUGUCGUACCGCGACGACCUGUGGGUCUGUGUCGGCCUGGAUAACGUCUUCGAGAACUUUCGCAUCUCCAGCGUCUAUCCCCACAUGCCGCCGCCGUCGUCGGACGACGCCAACUGCAUCUGGAUGCUGAUGAGCAACUUCCACACGUUCGAGUGGCACGACCGCUACGAGCAGCAGCUGCGCGAUAGCUUCACCAUCCGGGAGGGCGGCUACAAGAACGCGUCAGAGAUGGCACGUCACAUGCGGCGCAGCCAACGCCUCAUCCACGGCCUGGUCACGUUCCACACGCUCUGGUCGAGCUUCCUGUUCCGCAUGCUCGAGGAUUUCCACAAGGAUGGCGUGCAGUAUGUGGAGCUGCGCUCCUCCCUGCCACUUUUGUACGACCUGAAGGGCACCAACUUCACCAUUCUGGACACCGUCAAUGCGAUCGUUACCAUCACGCGCCUGUUCAAGUCCACCUACGGCAGCUUCAUUGGCGUCAAGCUCAUCUAUGCGCCGGCCAGGGACCGCAACGACAGCCACAUGGAUCAGUACGUGGCAAAUGCCCGCCUGCUGAAGAGCCAUUUUCCCGAUCUGUUUGCGGGCCUCGAUCUGAACACCUUCGGGGACGAGUGCCAGCUGCCGGGACUGGGCGAGGCCACACAGCUGCUGCACAUUGGCAAGGAUAUCGACUUUUACUUCCGGGCGGGCGAGUCCCGCUGCCCGGACAUGACCAAGCCGCAUGCGAAUCUCAUCGAUGCCAUGCUGCUGGGCAGCAAGCGGAUCGGGCAUGCCCUCAAUCUGCCCCUGCAUCCGGACAUCCUGCGCACCAUGCGCCACAUGCAGGUCGCCGUCGAGGUGUGUCCGCUCUCCAAUCAUUAUUUGCAGUAUGUGCAAGAUUUCCGCCAGCAUCCGGCUGCGUAUUUGCUGGCCGCCGGCUAUCCCAUUGUCCUGGGCUCCGAUUAUCCACGUUUCUGGAACGCAGCGCCCCUCACCGACGACUUCUAUGUGGCCUUUGUGGGCAUUGUCAUUGGGGAGGGCAAUCUGCGGCUGCUCAAGCAGCUGGCCCUCAACUCCUUCCUGUACAGCUCCCUGAGCUGCGCGGAGCGCACGGCGGCCAUUGACCAGUGGAGUUGCAGCUGGAACAACUGGAUCACAGAGUUUGUCAACCAGACGCUGACAUUGUGACAAAAAGAAAUUACCCCGUGAUCCAUGGCGAGGGGGAACAUGACGUGUGUUGGGUGUUGGCCUUGGGCUUUGGGCUUU